CUCGGGGGUAUAAAAAGCGGCUCUGGGUGAGAGGCGCGCAGCAACAGAUAGCGGAGGAACAUCCAACUGCGAGUCGCACACAUCCAGGACAUUAUUAUAAAAAAAAGGGAAUUCCUGAUUAUUAUUCACUUUUUUAUUGUUUCUACCGGACCUCAUUACGCAUUACGGAUCUAUUACGGACUUGACUGUUGCAGAGAAGAGACAUUUUGCAUUUCAUGUUUAUGUUCAUUCUCCAUUUUUUCUCCAAAAAGAAUUUUUUUUGGACCGGAUCGCCAAAUACCCUCCUUGUUUUUAUUUCUUUUACUUUUUUUUAUUUUCAGGAAAAUAUGCUCAAUAACGUCGAUUUGAACUCUCAGGACUCUUUCUACCCCCAGUUUGACACCUGUAACGACUCGACCAUCGGGAUGAUGGACACUAAGGAGCAUCAGGAUGUCUUUAUGGACGCUGAGCGCACAGCACCUACUCAGUUUGCACACGAUACAACAAUCACUCCCAAAACGGAGCCCACCAGCGCGGAUCAAUACUCCUCCUGUCACGGCCCUAAGGGAAGCUACGACGCCUCGCUGUCCUACUCGGGCAGUUUCUACGUGGAGGCGUGUCAGGGCGCCCCCUGCAGCGCGGAAACGCUGCUUAACAUGAUCACCGAGAUCGUGGGCAUCUCCGCAGGCCCACUUCCAGAAGCGCAGCAGCCCCAGCCUCAGCCUCAGCAGCAGCAGCAGCAACAACAACAACAGCAAAACGACACCCCGACUGCACCCCAAGAACCUCCAUCUUCUGAGCCUGGGACCUUCCCUGUGGUCGUGAAAAGUGAAUUUGAGAACAGUGGAGGCUGUUAUUACGAGUGGAACUCCUUCGGGAAAACUGACAGUUAUGGUUUUCCAUCAUCUGGCGACUUUUCAUCCGAGCAGCAGCAGCAGCAACAGCAUCAGCAUCAUCAAGUGGAUAUGAAGGAGCUGCUGGACUCGCUGUCCAGCCCUGACAUAGAGUUCAAGGUGGAAGCCGGAAUUAAGCAGGAGCAAAGCUUCGGGGAUGCUUGUGGCCAGAGUUUUGGUGCGCCUGCGUUUAAUUACUCUGUCAUGGACGCACCAUCAAACAGCCUCCUGAAACAGGGCGUGUUCCCAAACUUCCAGCCCAUCCCUGCUCCGGGACAGUGCGAACCUCCGACCUACGCGACCUCCACCAUCGACUCGCUCCUGUACUCCACUCUGCUGCCCCCGGAGCCGUUGGCACCUAGCCGCGCACGCGCGCCCAAGCGCAAGAACAGCGCCGCCGCCUCCGCUUCUUCCUCCACCGCCAAGGAGAAGCCCUUCACGUGCCCGAUGGGCUCAUGCGACCGGCGCUUUUCUCGCUCGGACGAGCUCAACCGGCACAUCCGAAUCCACACGGGCCACAAGCCGUUCCGGUGCCGCGUGUGCGCGCGCAGCUUCAGCCGCAGCGACCACCUCACCACGCACACGCGCACGCACACCGGCGAGAAGCCGUUCGCGUGCGAUGUCUGCGGGAAGAGGUUUGCGCGCAGCGACGAGCGCAAGCGGCACGGCCGUGUGCACCUCCGGCACAAGGAGAAGACGCAAGAGCUUGCCGCUUGGCCCUUCGCUCUCCCGGAGGCCAUUUGAAGAACGAACGAAACCAAAAUCCGGUGCCAAAAUGCGCUUUGUAUUUGGUGUGCACACGAUCUUGGGAAGAUCUACGGUUGCUUAGGUUCUUGGUCGGAGGCUCCACGUGCACUGUGCGCAUGUAUUUAUAGUUAUUUCUAUUUUUCGUUUGUCGGCCCUCUUCCUCUUUAAAACCCUGCACACAAAACAGAAAGGUUCCUGGAAUAUCUUUUAUGGGUUUUAAUGCACAGAAUCCUUAAAAGUGCCUCCAGGAACUACAUCGGAAAGGGUCUUAAAAACUGAAAUGGUUCCCAAAUGAACAAUUCUAGUGGAACCUAGUUUGUAGAGUGUGCGCAUUUUUUUCUUUUUUUCAGGUGGAGUUGGUUGUGUUUUUAGCGCAAAAUCUUUGCGAAACAGACUCACAUUUCAUUUUCGCCUUCGAGAAGGGGACACACUUUUACAGAGAGGGCCUCUAAUAUCAUGGAAAUAUGAAAGGAAAGUUCCAAGUAAGCUACUUCCUCGACUAAUAUCAGUUCAUCAUGUUGAAUCAGAGACUAAAAACACAUUUUUUUUUUCCUCUGGAGGAACUGGAUGGAGGACGUUUUACGCAAAAAGGGGCGAGUUGGCCAAGAGUGGCAGAAGUUUUUUUUUCUGUGAAAGGGGAAUAAAGGGGGAUCUUUCCUACAGAAAUGCCCUUCGCGAUGCUUGCUCUGUGUGCAGCGACUGCAUAAACUCUUUUACCGUUUAACUUUUGUGCUCCAGGUUGUUUGCAGAGCAGCCAAAUGCUUUCGAGCUGCAGUUCAGCACUUUGACUUCGGAACAGCUCCGACCUCGAGUUCAUUAUUUUUCUUUAUUUUCUUUCCCUCCUCCUUCUUUCCCUCCUCCCUCCCUCCCUCCCUCCCUCCCUCCCUUCCUUCCUUCCUUCCUUCCUUCCUUCCUUCCUUCCUUCCUUCCUUCCUUCCUUUUCACUUUGUUAUUUUCUUGCGCUGGAUCGUAUUGCACUUCUCUCCAACUUUUGUGCUUUUUGAUAUUGCAUGUUUACUGUUCAUGUAAUAUGAUGAUUAAUAAGCUAAUGUAAUAAUUGACGCCUCACUGCAGAAGUGAGACUUUACCUCGUUUCUACAUCAUGGUGGUGGCUUUUUCACCUUUGGAACUUGGACACAACCACGACUUGUGGUUCAAAUGUGCCAAGGGGUUCCUUUUUAUUUCUUUUUUUCCCUGAAUUAGUGUCAAUUUCUGUGUUUUAUUUCAUUGCAAUGCUAUAGAUUGAAUGGUAAAAAAAAAUUGUGUUGUUUGAUAAGGAAGUUAUUCUACUACAGCUGUCAGUGCAAAAAUAAAUAUAUUUAUAUGGCUAUGUAUGAUUAUUUGUAUUUUUGUAUUUUUCUGUUUGUCUGGAUAUACGAGAUGAAAAGUUUAUUUCCAACCUUUUUGAACUCACAGUGUUUCCUGUGUGUAGUAUAUUAACGGGAAAUAAAAAGCAGACCUCGACACGUAGAAAAGGAAAAAAAAGCGUGAAAGAGUUAAAGACUCCUGACCAAGUGUACAAGUUUACAUUGCAGAGACACAAAGCAUUUCUGUCCACUUAGAACCCGUGUGUCGUCGUUUGACAGACCCCUAGUUUGUGUAUGUACAUAAAUGAAUGAAUUAUGAAUCAUCUAGCUCACAUGGCUCUUGUAGUGUGUAAUGUGAUGAAGACUAGAAUAGCACCAGGCUGGACAUUGCUGUUGAGUAACUUAGGUAGCACACAUUGCUGCAUUUUCUUUUAUUUUUUUCCACUAGUUCUAUUACAUGAAGGUAAAACAGGUGUCUUAUCACAGUUAGGACAUGACUGUACUGAAGUUUGUUUUAAAAAAAUUGAGUGAAAGAUGAUAGGAACAAACGACGGGGGAGAUGUUUAUGGGAAACUUGCCUUAAAUUAUUUUUAAUCUCUUCCUAUACUGGGAGAAUAAAUUUGUACAUAUUAAGACGGUUUAUACAAAGUACUUUGAAUGAACU